UAGCAUCCAUAUCACAACACAGUCCUUGGAAAGUUAGUCUUUGAAAAGCGAGAGAUAUAGAAAAGGAGUUGGUAUGGGAUUCAUUUCGAACAGAAUUAGAAGGGACAAGCUGCAAUCAGGAGAUCAUAUUUACUGCUACAGAGCUCUACACACGUAUUCCCACCAUGGAAUAUACGUGAAGGAAAACAACAAAGCUAGAGUGAUCCACCUCAGCAUAAAACCUAAAACAUGCGAAAACUGCCGUGGGGAACAACAAGCAGAGGAGAAGAAAGGGGAAGGAAUAGUGGUGAAAACCUGCCUUGCCUGCUUUCUGGAUGGUCACGGCCUUUUUCGCUAUGAAUACGAAGUGUCUAUAUCAAACUUCUUGCUACAAGUCCCAGGUACAUGCACCACACGCCCUGCCGAUGAGCGCCGCACGGUUAUCGAUCGCGCCUAUAAGAUGCACAAAACCAAUGGUUUCGGCGCUUACCAUCUUCUUAACAACAACUGUGAGACCUUCGCAGUUUACUGCAAGACUGGAAUCCCUUACAGCGUGCAAGUCAUGUUUGUGGAAAUCACUCUAAAAACUACUCUUGCAGACUUGGGACAACCCCAAUCCGUCAUGACCUUACUGGCAAAGAUCGCAGUGGCAAAUAGAAUGGAAGUCAUGCUACAGGUGAAUAAAUUAAUCUGUGGGCUUUCAAAGGACAAAAGAGUAGUGGAAAGCUGGUCUUCAAAGGACAAGGUGGUGGUGGAGAAUGGUAAUUGAUAAUUGAUAUUAUUACCAUUAUCGUUAUCAUAAAUACAUAGAAUUCCUAGUAAUUCCCUCAAUAAAAUAAUACCACACAAUGGUUGCAGUUUGUGCUCCUUGUUAUGUUGGGAUCUCUGUUUGUUUGUGUGUUAUGUUAGGAUCCACUGCUUGUUAUUUAGUUUCCCAAAAUGCAUAUGCUGUAACUUUUAUAUAUAGACAUAAAAUAAUGUGUCUGCGUGUUUGUACUUUGUAUGUAUAAAUAUAUUGUUGAAAAUUCUU